AAUUAAUAUAUGCUUAUCUUUUCCUCCACUCUUUGUACCUCUUUGUUUUUUAGAUAAACAAGUUCCCCAGUAGUUGGACUAAGGUAAUUAAAAAAGCAGGAUAAGAUGAGUGAACUGGACCAGUUACGCCAAGAGGCAGAACAGCUGAAAAAUCAGAUAAGAGAUGCUAGAAAAGCAUGUGCAGAUGCCACACUAUCACAGAUCACAGCAAAUAUUGACCCCGUCGGCCGAAUCCAGAUGCGUACAAGACGGACGCUGAGGGGUCAUUUGGCUAAAAUCUAUGCCAUGCACUGGGGCACAGAUUCCAGGCUUUUGGUCAGUGCCUCCCAAGAUGGAAAACUAAUUAUUUGGGAUAGCUAUACCACAAACAAGGUGGGUUUUCUUUAAUGACUAGGUUAAAAAAAAAUGCAGCAGUUUUGAUUAAUAAAGCAGGGAUUUUCAUUUUGCACCAU